AUGCCGGAACCACAUAUGUUCAUGGACAUGAGCGACCCUCCGGUAUUCAUCGAUCUGACAGGCGCCCGAAUCCCCUACCCAACAAUCGUCGGCUACGGCAGUUCAUCAGUUGUCAUCAAACACGACGGCAACGCAAUCAAACUACCUCUACGCCAUCCAGACUCCACGAGAGCACAAGUGGCCGAAAGCGUUGACACAAUUCGUGUCGAGCAACUAAUCUAUGUCCGUCUCCAACCCUUGGCCAAUCGAACCUCAUGCCCAGAGGUCCUGAAAUGGAUCAAUUUUUCCUUUUUCAGCAGCGAGCUUGAGCUGAUGCGAGCCGGCACACUACGAAACCUCCUCGACAGAGCCCUCAUCCCACCACCCGUGUACAUCAAGAAAGCCUGGAUGCGCCAGCUGACCCGCGGCAUGCUCUACAUCCAUUCCCGAAAUGUCUUGGUGGUCGAUGUCAGGUCGCGAAAUAUUCUUCUCACGGACGAUUUGAGGCUGCAGUACUGUGAUUUCGGGGAGUCGUCCUUGCUUCCGACAAACACGUGCCUGGAUUAUGUGAAUGACGCUGGCUACACGAUGAAGUUGGAUAUUGCGUUGCUGGGGGCUAUUUUCUACGAGAUUUCGACCGGCAACAAAUGUGAUGUCAACCUGUUCUUGCGGAAUUCGAGGCUUUACAUACGUAUGCCUCCUCAAUGGCCUGAUCGAUGGAAUUUGCCUUCCACUGUAGGUGUCCUUUUUGGGGGUAUCAUUGAGCGUUGCUGGAUGAAAACUGAACAUGGAGGGUUUAGAAAUGCUCGAGAGUUGGAUGCUGCUUUUGAUAGGAUCGAGGCUGGAAUAGAUUCGGGUGACGAGCCUGUGUGGGCUUGA